GACUCGCCUUUGUAGUUUGCUAGUCUGACAGACUGCGAUCGCUUUGACCAUACAUGCCAUACAUCCAUUAGCGUGAGUAUAGCCUCCAGAGUCACGGGAAGUGCGUUUCAAUCCCGUCUAUAGUCCGACUUGAACUAUAUCGGACGCAACGCGGCCUAUACACUAUGAUCCUGCAAGAAACAGCUCUCAUCUUCUGGGUUGCUGUGUCGUCUUGGUACUAUGGCUAUCACAUCUCAGAGCUCAACUUUCCUCAACCCUCGUUGACCUGUCACAAAGAUGCCUCUGGACGAUCAACCCUUCCCGCAUGUCUGGAUAUUACAUCGACUCGAUACUCGAUCAUUACCGCAGUCCUAACGGUUGGAGGGCUAUUAGGAUCGCUUGCAGCAGCCAAGGUCAUCGGGCGGUACGGGAUGUACGGGACGGUAUGGUUGACAGGAGCGAUCAACCUGGUCGGAAGCAUAGUCAUGACCAUCUCAACUCACUGGAUUGGACUGGUUUUGGGACGCUUCGUCUCGGGUUUGAGCGUCGGUCUAGCUAUCACUACGGUGGCUCCUCUCCUCUCGCACAUCGCUACCACCUCCCCUUCCGCCUUUCUAAGUUCUAAACGCGGUCUAAUCGGAACGCUGAAUCAGCUCGGCAUCGUCCUAGGGAUCCUCAGCGCUCAGUUAGUAGGUCUAGGUGCGACCGGAAUGAAGGGCGACAAGCAGGGGGGUUGGAGAUGGGUUGUUGCCGUGAGCGGGGUCGUGGCUGUCGUACAGUUUGGGCUAGGAAUACUCCUGCAGCCCCACAUCAAAAGACGUAGCAAGAAGGACUCGAAUGAGAGGUUAGGUGGAACGGGAGAGCAUGGCGAGGAUGCCGAGGCAGAACCUCUGCUAAGUCCCUCUGGACGUAAAGAUGUGGUCCGCCCUAGUACCAUCUCCGAGAUCCUCGCCAAUCCUAGCAUCCGUCCUCAGGUCCUCUUGGUCGCCUUCAUCCUCGCCGCUCAGCAGUUCAGUGGGAUCAACGCGGUACUUUUCUACUCGACCCCCGUUCUUAAACCGAUCAUCCCUGACCAAGCGGGGUUGAUCGGGAUUGGGAUUGCGGUACUGAAUGCAUUGAUGACGUUCCCACCGAUGUUCCUCGUCGAUCGGAUCGGACGGAUCCCCAUACUCCUGACUUCGCUCGGAGGCAUGAUCCUCUCCUCCAUCCUGCUCGCACACGGCCUCAACACUCAUAAUCAGACUCUCUCCGCCGUCCCGCUUCUCCUCUUCGUGGCCUCGUUCGCGAUCGGUCUGGGCCCCAUCCCUUUCUUACUGGUGAGCGAGCUCGUACCCCCGGAAGCGGUCCCAGCGACCUCGAGCAUCGCACUUUCUAGCAGCUGGGUGGCCAGUUUUGUUGUCGCACUCGGGUUCUUGCCCCUGAGGGAUGCGCUUGGGUGGGUCAGGCGAGGGGUGAGAGAGGGGGAAGGAAGGGUAUUCUGGGUGUUCUUAGGAUUUCAGGUGGGCACGGCGGCAGUGGUUAUAUGGAAAUUGUAUAAGAGGUGAAAGGAGCGGAGCGGAUUUCUCGUAGUGAAGACACUUUGUACGAUUGGUGAAUUCCUUGAGGACGCGGAGACCCGAGUUAUAGGUUGUCAAAGGCGAUAGCGACGAGAUGAGCGCCGGUGAUGAUGCCAAUCGAUGUUCUGACCUUGAGUGUAGAAAACAGGUAAAUAUGAACCCA